AUGAAAUUCGACGCUCGGCUGCGCAUUGAGGCGCGACGUAAAGCAAACGCGAUGACCAAACGAUUGCAGGCUCGUCGUCUCAACAGCAGAGUGGAUGUGACCAACCAGAGGGUAGUCAGCCCUGGUGACAGGGGGAACGUCUUCAGGCGAGCCGGCCGUAGUGGUGCGGCUAAACGACGGCGUGGUAACUUCCAAAAUUUAACCGUCACCGUUGUCGACCAUGGUAACGGCACCGCACAAGUUAAUCGCCUCCCGUAUUUUGGUAUUGGCAAGCAAUUCAACCAACAAGUUAGCAGGCCGGCUCGAUUCGCAAGGAACGGAUUUGCGAAUAAAAAUCUUUUUAUUAGCGCGCUGGAGGAUGUACAAGACCAAUCACCGCCUCGUAUCGUUCGAGCAGCAGGCAUGGCGAUACCUCAUGCUUCCGGCCAGCCGUGCAGUCUUAUUGUCAGCAAUCUGAACGCGACCGUUUCCAAAGAGGAUGUGGAGGAAUUGUUCGGUUCAGUCGGUACCCUGGAACAGGCGUAUUUCUUAAAGCAAGGAAUCGCGAUCGUGGUGUAUUCGAACCGUCUUCAAGCGCAGCAAGCAGUGGCAGAAUUUCAUGGGCGGGAAUUAGACGGCAAGCCGAUCAACUGUGUGCUGAUCGAUGGCGACGACUCUCAGGAGGAUCCGACAAACGUGAUGGAUGAUGAUCCAGAUGUUCAACAACGAGCAAUUUUGCCUGACAGGAAGCUGUUCAACGAGGUAGUAAAGAAAUUCAAGCACUGCCAGCGUAACGUUUCAUUUACUGUGAACUUGUGA